AUGGCAGCAAGGAAGGUGAAGGAGAUGAUCUUAGAACUUCAAGCGUUUCCGCAGAACACCUUGGCAAAAGCGUUAUACGACAACAAAGCUGAAUGUCCAGAUGAGCUCGCCUUCCGCAGAGGAGACAUCCUGACGGUUCUCGAGCAGGAUCCCCUCGAGAGCAAAGGAUGGUGGAAAUGUUCCUAUCUUGGAAAGCAAGGCCUUGCUCCUGCAAAUCGUCUCCAGCUUCUGUUCCCUUCACAAGUCCCCUCUGACUUGCAUCACUCACAAGGCCUUCAGACUAGUCCAGGAACCAUCUACCAGGUUCCCUCUGCACACAAGUCUCGGGCCCUGACAGCACCAGUCUAUGAGAGAAUGGACAGUUGGGUUAAGCCUCGUUCUUCUUCCCUGCCGAACCAAGAAGUGUACCAGGUGCCAGCGUUGGCUGCAAAACUGCUCAGUGAAAAGACUCAGAUCUCAUCAAAUCAGUACCUCUUUACGCUUCCCAGAGCAAGCUGGGCAUCCACGCUGGGUAACAAAAGUGAUAUCUAUGAUGUCCCAUCGCCUCAGCGCCACAGAGCCUUAUUCUCCCAGGGUCUUGCCACUCCUCCCUCCUCCAGAAAUGGCUCCCAACUUUCCCCCUCUGCUGAAAAUUGCCUGGAAGAGUCACCGCAGCUUUAUGACAUCCCGCCGAGCGUGCAGAAAGCCAGAAUUUGCACACAGGAGCCAGCUGUGGGUAAUGUGUAUGACACACUCCCCACAACUUCAAGAGACCCUGGAAAAGAUACAGAAACAGGAAAGCAUUUGAGUCAUUACAAUACGUUGCCAAACCUUCGUAAAUCAGAAUGGAUUUAUGAUAUACCUGAAAAAACAGGUUUAAAACAAACUCCUCAGAGCCAGUCGCCAAAUAAACAUAUGUUUUAUGACAUCCCUCCGUCUAGGCUCGAGUCUGAUAUACAGAAAAUCCCACCAAUCAACAGUGAAUGUAAAUCGACAAAGCCACAAUUAUAUGAUGUCCCACCUGUCCAAAGGAAAUUAGCUCUUCUGGAGAGUCCUCUUUAUGAUGUACCAUCCACACAUGAUGUUCUAGUUCUGCGUCAAAAUAGUAACUAUGAUGUCCGUCCAGCUGUUGUGUCCUCCAGGACCGAAAAGGAGAACUACCAGCAGACUCUUUAUGACGUUCCAAAAAGAAUUGCCUCGCCACAAAUGACAGGGGUUGAAAAAUGUAACUAUAAUUCCAGAGAAAACAUUUACAAUUUUCCUUCGCAGUUACCAAGUGACACCAAAUUGAACCCAGACAGAUUGUCUGUCUCAAGCGUCGAGAGCCGGACUAGCACCAUAUCGACAUCCUCCAGUGCUUCUACCGAGUCCUUCUCAUCUAGUCCAUCAUCAUCUUCAGAUGAACCCAGCAAAGAAACGACCAUGGAACUUGACACGGCCAUAGAAACUUUGACUAAGCUACAACAUAGUGUAUCAAGUUCCAUUGCAAGUCUAAUGAUCUUUGUGAGCAGCAGGUGGAGGUACCAGGAACAUCUAGAGGGGAACAUUGAGGAAAUCCAUCGAGCCAUUGACCACAUAAAAGUCUCCUUGGGAGAAUUCUUGGACUUUGCUCAAACCAUUGAAGGAAACGCCACUUGGGCCUCUGACAGUAAGCUCCAGGUGAGGAUCACAAAACAGCUCAGCAUCCUCACAGCCUCGUUUCAGAUCCUGGCGGAAACUAGAGAAGCGCUGAACAAAUGUAAAUGGUCGCUCGAGGUCCUGGUCAUUAAGAAACCUCAGAACAGCCCCGACGACCUGGAUCGGUUUGUGAUGGUGGCCCGCACCAUCCCAGAUGACAUCAAGAGAUUUGUCUCCAUCGUCAUCGCAAACGGGAAGCUCCUUUUCAGAAAGAAUUGCCGAGAGAAGAAUGGCAAAGAGCCAAGACGCAAAACGGCAAAGGGCGGUCUCGAGCAGCGGAUGGAAGACAAUUCGCUUCUAAGAAACGUUUUGGAUAAAUCGAGAGAAAACAGCCUGAAUGUGGAGAGGGCAAGAGCUGAAGCCACUGAAGAUUGUGACUAUGUCCAGAUACAGGGUUCCCUAUCCAAAACCAAGCCUAAUGUUCUGAGCGAGCCGGAUCCUGCCAAGAAAAUGGAGCUCUCCGAUCUCUGCAGACUGUAUUUUGGGGCUGUUCAGAAAGCUAUCAGUGUUCUCCGAGACAGCCUGAGCGGAAAUCAAGCCCCAGAAAUCUUCAUCGCGCAGAGCAAACUAAUCAUUAUGGUGGGCCAAAAGUUGGUGGACGGCCUGUGUCAGGAAGCCCUCGAGAAAGCCACGCGGAAUGAGAUCCUGCACUACAGCAGCAAGUUUUGUAGCCUGCUGAAGAGCGUGGCCAUUGCCACCAAAAACGCUGCUAUGCAAUAUCCAAGCGCUGAGGCCAUAAGGGAACUUCAGGAUCAAGCUGACGGGCUGUCUAAAUACACACAGCAGUUCCAAGCGAUGGUGGAAUGAAGUAUCCCUUCUGCUG